AUGGUUUCGAUAAAGGAGGAUAGAUUGGUGGACGGUGGCGGGCGGCCGACGUGCGACAUCUGCAACAAGGGAUGCAAGAACCAGAGAACGCUCAGGGAGCACAUGAAGAUCCACAACAACACCUACAACUGCGAGCAGUGCGAUCGAAUGUUCAAGAAAGUGCUGGACUACAUCCUGCACAUGACCUCGCACUCUGCGGACGGAAAGUUCCAAUGCGUUAACUGUGAUUAUGCGACCGGAGAGAUGAUGGAUAUAACGAAGCAUCUGCUCGCGAGGCACGAGAAGACUUGGAAGUACACGUGCGGCAUCUGCAAGAAGGGAUUCAAUAUAUUCAGCUGGUUCAAGGAGCACCAGAAUUUUCACACGGGGCAGAAACCGUUCGCGUGUUCUUACUGCGAGAAGACGUUCAUGUAUUCGAGGCAUUUGGCCGCCCACAAGCACAUCGUGCACAAGGAUCGAACCGAUGGCGACGUGCACGAGUGUCUUCUGUGCAAGAAGCAGUACCAGCACAGGAACAGUUUGAAGCUUCACAUGAACAACACGCACGCUGGGAACGUGUCAGUCUGUGAAGUGUGCGGAAAGCAGCUUUCCAGCAAAGAGAAAUUAAAGUUCCACAUGAGAAUACACACCGGAUACAAACCGUUCAAAUGCUCGUACUGCGAGAAGGCUUUCGUGAAGAAGCCGUUGCUCAUCGAGCACGAGAGGAUACACACGGGCGUCAAACCCUACAGAUGUACCUACUGCGAGAAAUGUUUCUCGCAAAGAACAAGCUUAGUCAUCCACAUGCGAAAUCACACAGGGGAGAAACCCUACAAAUGUCUCAUCUGCGCAAAGGGCUUCGUAUCUAGGGCCAUCAUGAAUUUACACUUGAAAUCAUACUGUAGCGAAUAUGUUUGUAGGAAUGCCAUCGACAAAGAGGAACAAAUCAUUAUUGUCAGCAAUGCGGAGCUGAGGUACGCUUGCUCGGAUUGCGAUCAGAACUUCGAGGGAAUCGUGGAUUUCUCGUUGCACGUGCAAAACCAUCUAGCCGACUCCUCCAAGUCGUUCGCGUGUCCCUUCUGCGAAUUCACGACCAUUUUCAAGCGAUCUUUCAGGAACCACGUGCGUCUACACGCGGAGGAAGAGUUCCGUUACGAGUGCGAGAUCUGCAGCAAGAAGUUCAUCAACAAACUCCCUUACGAAGAGCACAUGAUCCUCCAUCAGGGUUUGGACAUUUAUCAAUGCGAUUGCUGUCCGAAGCGGUUCGUGCUGGAGAGGUACUUGGCCAUUCACAAGAAGCUCAAUCACGAGCAGGAAAAGGACGCAGAGUGUGAGAUGUGCGGCAGAGCGUUCAAAUUUUCCAACAGUUUGGUGCGACACAUGCGGAGCAUCCACAAGAUCGGAACUGACACGACGAAGGAGUGUCCUGUCUGCUACAAGAUACUCUCUAAUCCCUACAACCUCAAGAUGCAUAUGCGAGUGCACACAGGAGAAACGCCCUUCAUUUGCGACGUCUGCGGCAAGGGUUUCACCAAAAACUACAAGCUCAAACAGCACCUUAAUGUUCAUCAGAAGUAA